CCCCAAAUCAGCCUCACUGUUGCAAAGGUUCGGAGCACCCCGCACUACGCUUGCUCUCCGUCUCGCACAUUCCAUUUCGGCAUUUCGAACCAAAACCCUCUCUCCUCUUGCCUCCACCUCGGAUCAAAUCGCCACCGAAAAUUCCCCCAAAAAAUAACGAGCACUUGUUCUUCAUCAGAGUUAACGCGGCAGAACCCUAGCGCGGCGUUCCUCCGACGACUCACCACCUCCCGCCCACUCACCCACCACCCCAUGGCGGCCAACCCCUCCAUCGGCGCUGACGUCCCCGCGGCCCCGGCGGCGGUGCGGCUCUCGUCGGCGGCGCAGGCGGCCGCGAUCCAGCCCUCCUCCCCGCGCUUCUUCUUCUCCUCGCUGGCCGGGACCAACCCGGCCUCCCCGCACCGGCGCAUCGCCAUCGCCGUCGAUCUCUCCGACGAGUCCGCCUUCGCCGUCAAGUGGGCCGUGCAGAACUACCUCCGCCCCGGGGACGCCGUCGUGCUGCUCCACGUGCGCCCCACCUCCGUGCUCUACGGCGCCGACUGGGGCUCCAUCCCGGUCUCCGUCGCUGACGAGGCUGACGCGGCCGAGGACGCCGCCGCCGCCGCCGUCGAGGGCGGGCCCUCCGAGGAGGAGCUGCAGAAGAAGCGGGAGGAGGACUACGACGCCUUCACCUCCACCAAGGCGCAAGACCUCGCGCAGCCGCUGGUCGACGCCCAGAUCCCCUUCAAGAUCCACGUCGUCAAGGACCACGACAUGAAGGAGCGCCUCUGCCUCGAGGCGGAGCGCCUUGGCCUCUCCGCUAUGAUCAUGGGGAGCCGCGGUUUCGGGGCAUCCCGGAAAGGUGGCAAGGGGAGGCUUGGGAGUGUCAGUGAUUACUGCGUACACCACUGUGUAUGCCCCGUUGUGGUUGUUCGCUACCCUGAUGAUGCUGCAGGUGCCGGUGGAGAUGCAGCAGGGGCGACAGAUGAGUUGCACACUGUACCAGAGGACGAACCUGUUUAUCACGAUGCGCCUGAGGUGCAGAAAGAAAACUGAGGUAAUGGUCGCAAGCAGCUGAAGAACGAAGGAAAACAUGAGGCUUGUAGUGAGGCGAUCCUGUGUAUCUGGAAGAUGGGACUGGCUGUUUGUCUUUGCUUCUGUAUAUCAACUGGCGUAUCAUGAUCAGCUGGCUGCUUCCCGUUUGAGUUUCAUACCAGAGUCCUAGAUCAUCGGAGUCUUUGUUGGUUUGCUUGUGAGAUGUUUAUGUCGUUGACACUCGACACCAUGUAGAGUACUCUUCCCGUGGGUAGAAGCUGUAUUGCAUAUGCUUAUGCUGGGGGCUGGGUUCUCCUGUCUUGUUUUGUGGAGCCGGUGAUGAGCUUUAUGUUCUCAAAUGGUAGCUUAUCUACACGCUAUCAUCUGCUCUAUUCAGCCUAUUUACUGUAUUGGAUACUUGUUAAUGGAGAACCGCUACUUUUCUGUAUUUAUUACUCCUCCGGUAUUGGAUAGAUAACUGCUUAGCUGGACAGUUUUUGCUGUUAAAAA